AUGGCUCCACCUCGGUCAAGAUACGGCGCUGCACCCAGCCCAUGGCAAACCUCACCCGGCCAAGGAAGCGCAUGGGGAGCUUCCGCUGCACGUUCUCCAUGGGCUCAGCCCACACCUUCGUGGCAGGUACGUCGUUUCAUUUUUUUGGUUGGUGUUUUAGAUGGCAAGGAGAAGAUGAGGGAGACGAAGAAUGUUGAGCUAAUUUUCGAAAGUUCAAUGUGGGCGUUGAUAGUAUAAGAAAGUUCACGGUUUUUUAGCAUUGGAAGUUGGCGAAUGAUCCCAAUUUUGUAUGGAUUUUAUGCUGAAAUCUUUAUGAUAAUUUUUCUGAUGUGUGGCUUUGGAAAAUCCAAAAGUUUGUCUAAAAUUCAGCUUAGUUUGCGGUCAAAUUUGGUGUCGUUUUGUAGCUGAGGUUGUUAUCUAUCUGGUAGUAUAUUUUAUUGACCUCGAAAGAGUCGACUUUUUAAAAUACAGACGGAGAAAUUCGUGUUCUAGAUAUCACGGAUAAUAUCGCUCACAGCUUUUUGGAAGUUGCUUCAAAUUUUGUGGUUUAUAGCUCAAAAUUUCCCCUGUUUUCUAUAUUACCUUCCACACAAGUGCAAUGUACCAAAAUUUAAAGUAUUGACGUCUUACGCACCUUGUUUUAGUCAGACCGCGGGGUCUUCAGUGAUCCUUACGCUCACUCUCAUCCCGCCGAUUAUCCGCCUGCAUAUUCGCGACCAGACCCUUACGACCCAUACGCCGGUGCUUAUGCGGGCUACGGCGCUCCGGAAUACCCGUCGUUGUUUCCACCAGCGGCUUCCUACGCUCCGCGACCACUUCCAAUGCUGGCUCAAAGUCGGCCCAACUUCAAAAGACCUUCCAAUCAGAAUAAACGCCCUCAACAGCAGAAACAACAGCCAGCGCAGACGAAGAAGAAGCCGGUGCAGAAGCAAUCGCUACCUGUAAAGAGUCAAAAUAAGGGAGGGAAGGCGAUCAAGACCGGGUCUGGAGGCGAAAAUAAUAAGGUAUGCAAAUUUUUGUUGAUUUUUUCUGUGUUUAGAUUGCCUUUGAGGUGUUCCAAGGUGUUCACAGAGGUGGCAGACACGUUUAUACCACUUCAUAUUUAAUUUUUUGAGACCUCGACUUGGCCAUGAAUAAAAUAAUUUUUUGUCAAAAAAACGUCGGAAUUUUGUUUAACGACAAAGUCAUCUGUGAAAAAGUUAUUGUAGACUCUUUUCGUCAAAGUUUUCAUGUUUUUAAAAAAGUUUUGUGUCAUGGAUAAUAUAAAUUUCUCAUUUUUCCAUCAUUUUUUUUAUUCCUUUAGCCCCAGCAGCAGCAACAAAAGAAAGAACAGCCGAAGCCGAGGCCACAGCAAAAGAACGGCGAACCGAAAGAUCCAGUGGUUUUAUGCGAGAGCGAUCCGGUUGAUAAGUUCCUCGAAACCUCGAAGGGAAUCAGCGAAAGCCGUCGGAAGCAGAUCAGAUUCAAGGUCAUGAGACUCUUCAGUUACAAUGGAAUUCAAAUGAGGACCGUUACGGAACGUAGGUUUGGUUUGGAAAAUUUUUUUGGAGUCCUAGGGCGCAGCUCGAAAAAAUGGAGAUGUUGGUAAAAUGUGAACAGAUGCGACUGGAUGGUUUUAGUUGGGCAGUUUUUUUUGUAGAGUCGGUAAUUUCACAGUAUGUUGCGGUUUUAUAAGGUUUUACUGGUGAAAGAUAGGGCGCAGCUUGCCGAUUUGAUUUUUGUUUCAAGGAAAGUACCUCUAUGUGGUAUGGAGUUACAGGUCGAGAGAUAUAUCGAAAAAUCGCAAAAUUUUUCUGAUUCAGAAUAUGUAAAAAUUAUCUGCCCAAUUUUGGUUUGUAAGGCCGAAAAAAUCCGCAGAACUUUUCUCGCAACACCACACAAAUGCCCCCUUUUUACAUUGGGACUACUAAUUAAGCGAGAGAAAAGUUCUGAGGAUUUUUUUUGCCCUUACAAGCCAAAAUUGGACAGCUAAUUUUUACAUAUUCUGAAUCAGAAAAAUUUUGCGAUUUUUUUGAUAUACGUCUCGACCUGCAACUCCAUACCCCAUAGAGGUACUUUCCUUGUAACAAAAAUCAAAUCGGCAAGCUGCGCCCUAUCUUUCACCAGUAAAACCUUAUAAAACCGCAACAUACUGAGAAAUUACCGACUCUACAAAAAAAAAACUGCCCAACUAAAACGAUCCAGUCGCAUCUGUUCACAUUUUACCAACAUCUCCAUUUUUUCCGAUACCCCAUAGAGGCACUUUCAUUUCUGAGAGGAAAGUUUUUUUUCUAAAAAUUUAGGGUUUUUUUAAUAUUUUUUUUGAUGUGAAAUGAUGAAAUGCACUGCUGGCAACAUAAAAUUUUGAUUUCCAGAGCCUGGAACCUUCUCAAAGCGCGGCGACAUCCACAUGAAAAUUUUCUUUUCGAAGUUUUUCCCGGAGAUUUUCGAGAUCUCCGCCACAGGCAAUGAUGUGGACGAUGUGGCGUACGAUCUGAUUGUACAGUUGGUCAACAAGCUCCACGAAUUCGGAAUCCUCGAAAAGAAGGUGAUUGUGAACUUGGCGUCGAAGAAGCACGGAUACAAACAUGAACUGUAUAAUAGAGGAAAAUUGUGCAUCGCCGUGAUGAAGGAGGAGCUGGAGAAAGGUAGGACUGUUUUUUAGUAAGGAAAUUGGCUUAUUAUUUGGUGGAGAGUGAUUAAAUUUGAAAUAGGAGGGGUUUUUUCGAAGAAAUUGAGGUUUGUAUUAUUUUAGGGAUGUUAAUAUAAGAAUUGAUGAAAAGAAAUAAAAAAGUAAUGUUAAUGGACGGAUUUUUGGUAGAUUUUUCUUUUGUAUUAAAAAUUAGAGAAGAUAAAGAUUUAUGGGAUACAUUACUGCCUUAAAUUCUCUCAAAAUUAACCUUUUUUAUAUUGUUUUAGGGAUGUUGAUAUAAGAAUUGGCGGAAAUUAAUAAAAAAGUAAUGUUAAUGGACGAAUUUUUGGUAGAUUUUGCUUUUGCAUUCAAAAUUAGAGAAGAUGAAGUUUCGUGGGUUGUAUUGUUCCUCAAAUUCGCUCAAAAUUAACCUUUUUUAUAUUGUUUUAGGGAUGUUGAUAUAGGAAUUGAUGAAAAUUAGUAAAAAAGUAAUGUUAAUGGACGAAUUUUUGGUAGAUUUUGCUUUUGUUUUAAGCAAUAGAGAAGAUAAAGAUUGGUGAAAUGCAUUACUGCCUCAAAUUCACUCAAAAUUGAGCUUUUUUUAUUGUCUUAGGUAUGUUAAUAUAAGAAUUGAUGAAAGUUAAUAAAAAAGUAAUGUUAAUGGACAAAUUUUGGGUAGAUUUUGCUUUUGUAUUAAGAAAUAGAGAAGAUAAAGAUUUGUGAGAUGUAUUACUGCCUCAAAUUCGCUCAAAAUUGACCUUUUUAUAUUGUCUUAGGUAUGUUAAUAUAAGAAUUUACGAAAAUUAAUAAAAAAGUAAUGUUAGUGGACGAAUUUUUGGUAGAUUUUGGUUUUGUAUUAAGCAGUAGAGCAGAUGAAGAUUUGUGAAAUGCAUUACUGCCUCAAAUUCACUCAAAAUUGAGCUUUUUUAUUGUCUUAGGUAUGUUAAUAUAAGUAUUGACGAAAAUUAAUAAAAAAGUAAUGUUAAUGGACAAAUUUUUGGUAGAUUUUGCUUUUGUAUUCAAAAUUAGAGAGUAUAAGGAUUUGUGAGUUGUAUAACUGCCUCAAAUUCACUCAAAAUUGAGCUUUUUUAUAUUGUUUUAGGUAUCUUAGGGCAUAAAAUUUGAUUUUUUUGAUAAAGGAAUUAUUUUCAAGCUGUAAAUUGUAAAAAAAAGAGGAAGUGGAUAGCGUAUUUUAAAAACUAUUUCACCGAUUUUUUGUCGAAAAAUUUUGGUUUUUUGUGAAUUUUUUGAAAAAAAAUUUUAUUUUUGAAUUUAGUUUUUAGAAUCGUAAGUUUUGUUUUUUUUGGCUAAAAUAUGAGAAUUUUAGAAGAAUUCGACUCCGAGUUCCGCGACGGCACCCGCAAUUCGACUCCGGAAGAGUCGGAAACCCUCCAGGCGGCGCUGAAAAGAGCGGCCGAUCGGAUCUCCAAUGAUGAUCUCCCGAAAGACGAGCGCGCCAAACCCGCCGAAGACGAGCCCAACGAUGACUCGGCUCAGCUGGAAGAGGAAAUCAAGGAAGAGGAUAUCAAGAGCGAAGAAAAAGAAGAAUACGAACUCACCGACGAGGUCUAA